CAUGGUUAUUGAUAUAAGCAGUGCUUUGCCUGUCUUUCCAACGUCCCAGUGUCCGCACUUAGCGUUGGCACUCCCUCGGGCCUUCUUUUCUAUUCUGUCCAGUGUGCGAAAGGCAUUCUGCGCACAAGCAAAACGCUCACGAGUUCACGAAAAUCGGGCCUAAUGUAUCGCUACACCGGCGCAGUGGAUUGUAACAGUACAUUCGAAAGGGGUGAUCUGAAGGACAAAACUGCCAUAAUUACUGGAGGAGCGAAAGGCACAGGUCAGGCUUAUGUGCGAGCCCUCUAUCAGUCAGGCGCGCGCGUUGUCAUUGGCGAUAUAGACGAGCAACAAGGAUCCAAGCUGCAAUCGGAAUUGCAUCCUUCGACCAAGUUUGUCAAGUGUGACGUGUCAUGCUGGGAAGAUCAAGUGUCACUUUUCAAGGAGGCCAUCAAGUUUUCGUCCAGCGGCGCAAUUGACAUAGUCGUCGUUAACGCCGGCAUUGGUGGUGUCGACUCCGUCUUCAAUACGACCCCCGAGGAUGACGAACCCCAAAAGCCGCAACUCCGUACGUUGGACAUAAAUCUCACCGCAGCUUUGUACACGAUCAAGCUGGGUCUUUAUUACUUUCGGAGACAAGCUGCCAACUCUGAUUCCGGUCGCGAUCAUUGUCUGGUUCUUCAAGGGAGCGUAGCUGGCUAUAUCGAUUUUCCGGGGAUGUUGGAGUAUGGAGCUUCCAAGUUUGGCAUGCGCUCUGCCAUGCGGAAUAUCCGAUCGGCGGAGGACACCAAUGUCGUUCGCGUCAACAUGAUUGCUCCCUGGUUCAUCGCCACCGACAUCUUGCCUCCCGGUCGGGCAGAACUUAUGAAAGCCAAUGGGAUUGAAUUCGCAUCUCUAGAGAGCGCAGCCGAAGCGCUAAUGAGGAUUGUAUCAAGCCGAGAUGUCUCAGGACGAGCUUUCGCCAUUGUCCCAAAGACAGACGCACCUAGCGGUUACAUUGAUCUUGACGUCGAUGACUUCAGAGACUGUGAUCUCAUGAAAAGAUACAACAAGCUGGUCCGUAAUCGGUUGGGUUAAUGAUACAAAGCCACGAGCCGAGUCCUUUGAUAAUCCGGGCGCUUGGUGAAUGGGACAAAGUAUUUCGAUUGUGGGCAUGAAGUCUUCUCUUCCGUUACAAAAUAAAUGUUCCAGCACGUGUGGAUGGGCCGAGUUACGAAAGUUGAAAAAUGAAUACAUGACUAUAUAUUGUCAGCAAAACUCAUACAAGUCCGUAUGGAUAAUUGUUUGUUCACUUUCUCCACGCGGUCAACAGAGAUUUGUAGACGUGAAGAUUCUAAUUAAGAAUUGAG